GUUUACCCAACCUAUUGUUCUGUACACAGUUUUCCCACUACCUCAGCUAAGGAUUUCCACUUCAGAAUCUGCAGCUAAAUGAGAUCAUGAUUUUGGAAGGAACAGGCAGAAUGAGUAUCAAUUCAAGCAGCAAUCUACUUCACCAGCAGCCUUCCUGGACAGAUGGAUAUUCCACAGGCAAUGUGUCCAGCAACUUCUAUGGAACCCAAUGGCAUGAGAUACAUCCACAAUACUGGACUAAAUUUCAAGUUUGGGAGUGGCUGCAGCAUCUCCUUGAUACCAACCAACUGGAUGCUAAUUGCAUACCCUUCCAGGAGUUCGAUAUCAAUGGGGAGCAUCUGUGCAGUAUGAGCCUGCAGGAAUUCACUCAGGCAGCUGGGACAGCAGGGCAGCUGCUUUACAGCAACCUUCAGCACCUAAAAUGGAAUGGCCAGUGUGGAAGUGACAUGUACCAAUCUCAUAAUGUCAUUGUGAAGACAGAGCAAACAGAUCCAUCAUUAAUGUUGUCCUGGAAAGAGGAGAAUUACCUGUAUGACAGUGGCUAUGGUACCACAGUAGAGCUGUUGGACAGUAAAACUUUCUGUCGUGCUCAAAUUUCCAUGACAACACCUAGUCACCAGCCUCCUGAUUCUUCAGGUGUGAAAAAAUCACAAGAUCAUACCCCGAAGUCCCACACCAAAAAGCACAACCCUCGAGGAACUCAUCUUUGGGAAUUUAUUCGAGAUAUUCUUCUCAAUCCUGAGAAAAACCCAGGAUUGAUCAAGUGGGAAGACCGGUCAGAAGGUGUCUUCAGGUUUUUAAAAUCUGAAGCUGUGGCUCAGCUCUGGGGAAAGAAGAAAAACAACAGCAGCAUGACUUAUGAGAAACUCAGCCGGGCUAUGAGAUACUAUUAUAAAAGAGAAAUCCUGGAGCGAGUGGACGGUCGGAGAUUAGUGUAUAAAUUUGGAAAGAAUGCUCGUGGCUGGAGAGAAAAUGAAAAUUAAAUGUGUCAAGAAACAACACUGAACACUUGGGUGUAAAUAUUCAAAGACUAUUUUCUUAUAUUUAUGUAACAAACUGGGGUGAAAAAACAUUUCUGUUUCUGUCGGGAAGAAGGAACAUUAUCAUUAUGGGUGUUAAAAUGGUUUUAUUUGAAGUAUGUCCUGUAUGGGGGAAAAAAACGUGCACAGUAUUCUGUGCUAUAAGAUAACAUUAUAGAAUUUUUAAUCAUUUUUC